AGAGAGCGCGUCGCGGGGAGUCGGCGCCUAGGCGACACGGGAAAGGCGCCGCCACCGCCGCCGCCGCUGGCCAAGGUGCUGGACACCCCAGGCCCGUCGGCCGCCUCGCCUGGUCAGCCCCCCCCCCUCUGCUGCAGCCGCUGCGGCCUCGCUUCCAGCCAGGUCCCCAUGGAAGAGAUGGAAGAAGAGUUAAAAUGCCCGGUGUGUGGCUCCUUCUAUCGGGAGCCCAUCAUCCUGCCCUGCUCUCACAAUUUAUGUCAGGCGUGCGCCCGCAACAUCCUGGUGCAAACCCCGGAGUCCGAGUCCCCCCAGAGCCGUCGGGCCUCGGGCUCUGGGGUCUCCGACUAUGACUAUCUGGACCUGGACAAGAUGAGCCUGUACAGCGAGGCGGACAGCGGCUAUGGCUCCUACGGAGGUUUCGCCAGCGCCCCCACUACCCCGUGCCAGAAGUCGCCCAACGGCGUCCGCGUUUUCCCCCCUGCUAUGCCGCCACCGCCCACCCACCUGUCACCGGCUUUGGCCCCGGUGCCCCGCAACUCCUGCAUCACCUGUCCCCAGUGCCACCGCAGCCUCAUCUUGGAUGACCGGGGGCUCCGCGGCUUCCCCAAGAACCGCGUCCUGGAAGGGGUCAUCGACCGCUACCAACAGAGCAAAGCCGCGGCCCUCAAGUGCCAGCUCUGCGAGAAGGCGCCCAAGGAAGCCACCGUCAUGUGCGAACAGUGCGACGUCUUCUACUGCGACCCUUGCCGCCUGCGCUGCCACCCGCCGCGGGGGCCCCUAGCCAAACACCGCCUGGUGCCCCCGGCCCAGGGCCGCGUUAGCCGGCGGCUGAGCCCGCGCAAGGUCUCCACCUGCACAGACCACGAGCUGGAGAACCACAGCAUGUACUGCGUGCAGUGCAAGAUGCCAGUGUGCUACCAGUGCCUGGAGGAAGGCAAACACUCCAGCCACGAAGUCAAGGCUUUGGGGGCCAUGUGGAAACUGCACAAGGUGAGUCCUAUGCAGCCCACCCCUGACUUCCCGCGCCCUGGGUCCUCCAGGUUUGCAGCACUCGGUCCCUCUUAGGGUCACAGCGCAUCC